GUAUCAAACUAUUGUAGUGAAGACUUUUGACUUUGACAGUUUCAUCAGUAUUUUCUUUUUAGGCCUAGAACUUAGAAGAUAAGGCUACUGAAAUUAAAGUUUGUUCAUCUCUUGUCUGAUAUGUUAUUUUUUACUGCAUUAUCGUGCUGUGACAAAUUGACAAUGGAUUUUGAUUUUUGUAAAAUUGAUUAACUUUAUGUUUUACAAACAAUAACUGAAUUGAUAAUUUCAAAAUCCGUAAUUGAUUUGUCGUGCAUGAAGAGAACAGGGGCGGAUCCAGGAUUUGAAGAUAGAGCCUAGAGGGGACGCCAGUUUAAGGUAGGGGGUUUGGGGUCCGCCUUGAGGCCCCAAUUGGGUUAAGGGGUCCAGGGGACAAAGCCCCCAGAAGCUCCUAGAUUCUAGUGAUUUUGUAGGAGGCCGAAAAAGUCUACACAGAUAAAAAAGGAAAAUGUCAAGAAACAAAGAUUACUUGAGAAAAACUUCCAGAAAUCGAAAGCACAAGCCCAUGUUAAAAAAAUUUUACAGGAGCAAAAAAUGCUCUGGCAAAGAGAAAGAGAACAUGGAGAUUCAAAAAGUCACAAGGGCAAGUUGGUUGUAACUGCAGAUUUGUAUGAUCAAGCCAACAACUGUGUCUCAGAGACUAAUCCCAAUGAAGAAAAAUCAGUUAAGGACUCAAAAUGUCCAGCAAUUCAUACUUAUGAAAAAUCCUUAUCACCAGAAACAGAUCUUUUCCUCAGUGAUUCAGAAAAAAGUGAUUUUGUUACAAAUAUAAAAAAGUCUUCUGAAAAUGAAGAGGCAAGUAGUUUGGUUGAUAAACCUUGUAGUAAUUCAGAGCCUAGCAGUUCUUUGGGAACUCUUCCUUCACCCUCAGGAUGUAAUGGCAAGAAAGCUUUAUCUCUCAAAGCAAGGCGCCGAAAGACCUUAAGCCCCAACACUUUCUCAAGAAAUAAGAGUCAGAAUAUAUCAAAAGAAAAAUCCUCUGAAAGUGAACUUGCAAAGUCUAUUCUUAUUGCUGAUGAUGAUGAGAAGGAAAGUGUGAAAUGUGUAAAUGAUGAAACACUCGAGAACACUGUAGAAAAUUUUCCACGAAAGACAUGUAAAACAAGCAUUGACUCAGAAAACACGGACAGUUUUAAAUUGCUCGACAGCCAGUCAUCGUUGGAUUUGUUCCCUCCUUCUAUUGAAGCCUGUGAAAAAAUCAAAACCAAGAGAAAAAGAGGGAGAGGGAGACCUUCCAAAUGUCGCAGAGCCUCUCUGCCUGCCCCUGUGAAGAAACCCAGCAUGAAUUCAUCGGAGUCACAGGAGAGCCAGGAGCUUGAGACUCUGAUACUGCUGCAGGAGAGCUUAGGAAUGGGCAGUCCGAUAGAAAGAAGAAAGACGAGGAACUCCCGGUCCUGUCAGCCAAUCGUUCUGUCUUCUCUCUUUCAGUACAUUAUUGAUGAAGCCAAGAGAGAGCAGGGGCAGAAAGAAUUUGCUCUUCCUGGCUACACUUUUGGCAAACUUAUGGAGAGUAAAAGUUCGCUUGAAAUUAAGAAUGAAGCUAUGGAGGCGGAAGAUGCUGAAGAUAAAUGUGAAACGUUAAAAGAAGAAAAUGAAUUUUCUCAGACUGAAAGAAUAUCCAUGUCAACAGAAGUUGACAAUCAUUCCACAUACACUGCAUUUGAAUCAGAAUGUCAAAACAAUGGAAUGCAAAAACAAGAAAAGUUUAUUGAAGCUUUUGAGCAACAGGCGCCAAAAACCGAAGAAGUAGAAAAUGUGCCAGACACAAUAUCUUCUCCAGUUGCUCAAUGCAAUGCAAUAUCAAAUUUUCCAUCAUUAACUUCAAUGCAUUUAAAAACAGGAGAUUUUAGUGAUGUUUCAGAUUCAGAGUCAAAAGAUAUUGAGGAAUCUUAUGCAACAAAAGAAGCAAUGGAUAAUAAAGUUGAAGAAUUAACUGUUGAUGAAAAACACAAUACAAACAGAGAAACUAAUAGUAGUGAUGUCCUUAUGUCCUUUGAUGAACCAGUUUCUGUAACUGUCUGUCAAGAUUCUCAACAGCCGCCUGAACAGAUGAAAGUCUCACAGCAGAGUGAAGAAGAUUCUCAGGGUGAACAAGACCUCAACAGCAGCAUAGGGUCUGACCAGCAGACAGAGAGCGAUGAUGACAACUUUGGCGAUAUCCUUAGAGAGAGAAUGGCUACAAAGUUUCCAAUAGAUGACCCAGUGAUACAGAGCCACAUUACAGUGGUGCCACUGAACAAGAAGAAGACGGAGGUGGUGGUCUGUCUGUGUCAGAGAUCCCUGUCCGUGUGGGCGGUACAGAGCAAGGAGUUCAACAGCCUCCAGAAGUGGUCAUUUCCCCAGGGACAGACAGCGAUUAGAGGGGUCUUGAUGCUUCCAAAGUCAUCUGAAGUCCGAUUUGCAGCCAUUUUAGAGGGUUCUGGUGAACUGGGUUUAUACUCUGCAGUUUUCCAAGAGGACCAAGCCUUCCCUUUGUUCAAGAUUUCAGACAUUCAGGCCCCCACUCACCAAUUUCAUGUUUGUGCAGUCACAUUCAACGAGGUUGUGAUCUCUCAGUGUAACUCCAACUUAAUACAGUUGCUAAAAUACACCAUGGAUUAUGAGGUAAAGACAUUAUCUAAAACCACGUCUCUGGAGGAGGCGGCUGGUGUCCUUGACACUGUGUGCUGUAUCCAAGGGCAACAACAGGCCGUGGCAGGAUACACGAGGGAGGGAAUGCUUCAUAUUUGGAACCAUGAGCUGGGAGCAUUAAUUGUGUCCAUCAACUUAGCAGUUUAUUGGCCACAUACCUCGCAUCUAGUCACUGUGUUUCAUGAAAAGGGGUACCUGUUUUGUCCCCUGAUGGCUAGGUCUGACUGCUUCCUGGCAGGCUGUAUGAUGCUGGUCAACCCCACAAAUUGUCAAACGCAGGUACUGUUCCCAUUCAACAGCAGGAAGUGGAAAGGAUGCAGAAGAGCUUUUCACCUUGAUGAGUACAUAGCAGCUGUGAAUAACAGUGGUUCUCUUCACAUCUGGGACAAAUUCAAUGGAGAUAUGGUUUCUUGCAUGGAGAAAGCUGGUGUGCUGGGAAUGAGCUCUCACAGGAAUAAUAUUGUUAUAAGCAGAGCACACUGUAUACAUUGUUUUACUGUUCAGUAAUAAAUUUGUUGUAUACUUGA